UAAUGUUUGUAUGUAUAAAUGUAUAUACAAUAGAAAGAAUAUGGAAAAUAUAGAAUCAACAAGUUGUGAGGCAAUAAAGGAUGUUGUAAUUGAAAAUGCAGAAUUACCUGAUGUUGAAAUAGUGACAGACCCAAUUAGCUGUGAAGAAACAUUAGUACAACAUGUAGCAUUUGAAUUGCAAACAGAAAAACAUGCAACAGGAGAUUUUAAUAUCGAAGAAAAAACAAUUGAUAAAAUUCAGGAAAUAAUUAACAAAGUUAAAGAUGAAGUGUCAAAGCAAACAGGAAACAAUUUGGAGGUAUACGAAGCAUUAAAGUAUAAAACAGCUGAGAUGGAUUUUAUAAUAAAGGUGCAUAUCGGUGAUGAAAACUGCAUUCAUAUUCGAGUAGGCUUUCCAUCAUCUGAUGAUGUUGAAGCAACACCAGAACUAAAAGAUAUUCAAGUAAACAAAUCUAAGGAAGAUGAAAUUAAUUUUUUUUAAAACUUUUUUC